AUGUCUGAACUGCGCGCGCUUGAAGCCCUCCAGGCCCUGCAUGGGGAGCUGGUGGCUGUACGACAACACCGAUAUGACGGAAUCCCGACUUUCGAGCGGCUCCUAGAAGCGCAAGGAAAUGCAUUUGAGAAACUCAUCGACAAGCCGCCACGGAACUCGGCUCACAGGCAAACAUUGGGGACCGGCAAGGUUAAAAUCGAGGACGAGGAAUACGCGGUUAACGAAGAUUUUGUCAAUGACUGUCUCAAAGUGGCCGACGACUUGGACCUGGACGAACUCGCGGCCGCGAGGAUUCUACUGGAUUGCGAUGCCGAAGGAGAUCCCGAGACACAGAGCCGGCCAUUAUGGGAAUGCGCCAUCAUUCGAUUCCAUCAAGAACGAAAAUAUCUCCUCGACUGCAUGCGCUUGAUGGUCGAGAUUGCUAGCGACGAGGACCUAGAUCCCGGCUUACAAGAUGGAUUCGGCAUCAUCGCCCAAGAGAAAGUGUUCGGAAUUCCACCCCCGGGGUCAGGGGCCCAAGCAAGCGGGAAAAAGGCUGUUACGAGAAUCAUGGAGGCCUUGCAGAAUGUGAGGGCCAUGGUACAAGGCAUGGCGGAGAAGGCGACUGCCCGGAGCCUUUUGCAGAACGCUGCUUUGGUGGGAGCACCAGAGAACCAGGAAACACUAGACUUUUCAAGAUCAAGUCUUGUUGAGCAACACGAGUGCCUGGCAGCCAUCCUGCACGCCGCGGUCGAAAAGCGCCAUGUCACCGUCAACGACUUUCAGGACUUUCUGAGGACUCUCAAGAGAGUAGACAGAUACGACCAUUUCCUAAUUCACCUCUUCCCUGUUCUCGCUGCUUAUAUUUCAGUGUUUGGCUCAACCGAGGGGAUGGGCGACCUCCAACAAGCUCGUCAGUUAAAUGGUCUCAUCUGCAAGCAGUCCGACGAUUCGUGGGCCCUCCCGUACCUUGGCGCGGCCGUUCGAGCUUGGUGGAUUGUCGAGCACAGUGGGUGGUAUUCGGACGACACGGCCUACGACCUACAGGGCAUCAACCUAGACGAGGAAGAUGACGAGAGGAACAAGCAGUUCGUCGAGGUGUUGAAAGAGGGCGCGUUCGACUUCAUAUUGGCCGUCGCCGCUGACUGCAGGGCUCAGGAAUGGCAGGACCCAUCACGCCUUGGGAUGCGCCAGUGGUUGCAGCGAAAGUCCCCGCCACUGGCUUCAGAGCCCUUCCCCUUCAGCCACUUCCUCCAACAGAGUCUGAUGGUUCAUCUGGAGGGUUUUGUGGAGGCCUCCAUCUCCAACCUUCCGGAUAUGCUCCGCAAGCUGCGAACGGAGGAGGACGAGCAACGCCAGCUCAGCCAGACUCACGAGCAAGAUCUCGACCUGGAGCGCUUCUUGAUCAUCAUUUCGUAUGCCUAUGAAGGCCGGCCUGAUGCGGCUAUGUCUUUUUGGGACGACCCCGACAGCAAUUUAGCCGGUUUCUUGCAGUGGGCAUCGACACGGGCAUCGACGCCGCUUGUCAGCGCGUUCUGUGAGAUGCUGCAGUGUCUGUCGGAUAACGAAGAGUGUGCUACCGCUGCCCACAACUUUCUCCUCGACGAAACCCACCAAGCGUCGGGCAAGAUGAAGCGCUCUCAAUCCUUGACAUGGUCCCAGAUAUUUAGGGAAUUGGACUACUUCACAAAAAAGCUCCGAGACCCGACCACGCCAACAUCGACGAACGUCAUACAGAGGCCGGUCAAAUCUGGUGCAGACUUCUCCGAAACGGAGCCCGAGUCGGCCCUGAUGCUGGAGUGCUACCUGCGUUUGAUCGCGAAAUUGGCCACCGAGAGCGCAGUUGCUCGGCAAAGGAUGAUGAACGACGAGGAGAUGCGCUUAGUUGAGAUACUUUUCAAGCUUGGUGACGGCCCGUUAUCAGGACGGCUCCGUGCUUGCAUAUUCUACGUUCUCAGGGCCUUGAUGACGCAGAAGAAUGCCUACGAUAAUGACUCGUUGUGGCGGUAUGUCGAUGCUUGGGCUACUCAUACGCUCCCGAACCCCGGUGGGCAGCAGAAAACAACGUAUAGUGGGCAACCUCUGGGCCCAGAAGGGCACAUGGAGGCGUUACUCAACGAACUUAGCGACGGAUUUGAGGAGUCGAACGCGUUCAUCCAGCUUCUCACCUCUCUCUUCGCGCCGUUGGACGGUCCGGAAGGGCUGAACGACAGCCUGACGUUCCCCGAGGAUCUGACUACCAGCGUUCGGGCCCCAGGGAUGGAACCGUAUGUUGACUUUGUUUUCCGGGUGUUCUCCCAGAAGUCGUCUGAAGUCGCAGACCCAGCACAACUCCGGGCGACACGCCUAAGCUGUCUCGAAUUCGCGAUGACUUGCCUGUCCACGUUCAACGAGGACCUCAUCAUCCUGGGCAACGAAAGCAAUAUUGCCAUUGACGUGGCUAUGUCGACAACCGACCUGGCCACCUAUGUGCGGUUCCAUCCUUUCGCCCGCGUCAUGGAGUGGUUGUUCAACGAAAAGGUGAUUACCGCCCUUAUCCGUACCAUUCACCAGGACCCUGUCAGUUUGGGCAGCGCAUCCCCGGAUUCGCCACUUGUUCUCAGCAUUCUCCGAGGUAUUCAGGUUAUGAUCAAGGCGCUCGACCUGCAAGAAACCUACCUCCACCUUGUAAGGCCCGUGAUCGAAGCGGAAUCUAAGCGAAGGCGGGCCCCCGUGACAAACUCUGCCUUCGGCACGUUCGAGGACGGCCUAUUGAGCCAUCUGGGCUUGGUGGUUGACUUGGGCAAGUACUGCAACUUGGGGCAUGGGGAGUUGACGCUCGCCUGCCUGAAGCUGCUCGAGAAAAUCUCCACCUCCCCCAAGAUCAUCUCGGCUUGGGGCCCUGAUUCUCACCACCACGGUCACCGGAAUAAGGCGAUUGUCCAACUAGAGAGGGGCGGCGAGGGCCAGAGUAUCGCGGCUUCGCUUGCCGCAAAUGCCUCUGCCCCGCUGGACCCAGCCCUGGGACCCGAUUCGGAGAACUAUGUGGUCAAGCUGUUCAUCGUUGACUUCAUCUACGAAUGUCUCAAAGCGACGCCGGAUCAACCGACUAUCGCGCACUUGCUCCUCGGGUUCCAGUGUGAGCUUAACAGGCUCAGCGUUGAUCCAAAGGGCGCGUUUGAGGGUCAAUCGUCUCUCUUUCACAGCCUUCUCAACAUCAUCAUUAGCAUCUCGGUACAUGACGAGGAGCAUGGGAUGCGUGGGUACCUGAUCACCUUGAAGUACCGCAUCCUGCGCAUCUUCCAGCUUCUCUGGAAGUCGCCUCUGUCCGCGUCACUGGUCAUGGACGAACUGAGGGCGACCAACUUCCUCUUCCACAUGCUGAUGCGGGAGGUUCAGAUCCUGCCGGACCUACGAUGGGACGACUUACAAGCCGGCAACGCCGAUUUCCUUCUAUCGAAUGCCUCCAUCGCGUACAUUGACUACCUCGGGGCGCGGGCGAUGAUUUUUGAGUACAUUGGCAAGGAGCUCUGCAGCGUCUCACAGAACAGGAUACCGUCUAUUAAACGCCGCAUCUUCGAGGCCCUGAACGGGCAAAUCAAGAUGGAUGGCGAGGAGUCCUUGAGCGUUGCCAACGUCUUUGACUUUUUCGACUUCCUCAGCCUCGAUGCCAACUGGGACAUCCCUCCGGUGCAACUUACCUUCUACAAGGAUCUCGACCUCCGGCCGUCUGCCGUGGAAGAUCCCCAAGCUGGCCUGCAGUACGACAUCCACAAGGUGCGAGAGACCAUCGCAUUGAAGCGGAAUGAGUUCCGAGACACGGUCCAACUGGCUCCUCAACAACACCUCGAUGCCAUCGAGGCGGAGGAGAGGCUGCUCGAGGAGUAUCUGACGGUCACCAACCGUCAAAAACUCUUCAGCGCGUCAAAACUCAUCCUCCUCAAAUCAUGGGUGAAGCUACUCCUCGUCAUGUCCGAGGCGAACGACUUCAAGGGGACCACCAAGAUGUCGUUUCUGUUACAAGCGCUGCAAGCAAUUCUCCCCAGCCUCGAGGCACACGACAGCUUGAGCUCGGCUGAGGCGCUGGAGCUCGCAAGAGUCGCCAAGGUGCUCCUCUUCAAGCUCGACUUUGACGGCGAUGAUAACUCGGCCUCGACGGCCGAAAAGGACAAAUUCACCAUUGGCACCCUCAUGAGCGACAAGCUGUUCCAGCUGUUCCAAAUCUGCCUCAGCUCCAUCGGCAAAUGGGCCGGCAGUUCCGAACUGCGGACACUCUACUACACCAUCUGCUACCGGUACCUGACAGCGAUCGUCGACAAAGACAUGGUCGCGGCCGCAGCCGGCGCGCGCACCCGCGGCAUCGUCACGGCGCGCGCCAAGACGCUCAAAGCCAUCCAGCUCCACGGCGACCGGCUCUUCAACGUCAUCUGCGACGACGCCUACGGCAGCGACACCCCCUGCCAAACAGCCGCGACCGUCCUCCUAUCCGCCUUUGUCCACACCUCGCGCCGCAUCGGCACCGCCGACGACGACACCACCAUCAUCGACGCCCUCAACCGGCUCAACUUCCUCGGUGUCCUCGUCGACUCCCUCAAAACCAUCCUCACCGACUGGCUCGCCAUCAUCACCCCUACCACUACUACUACCGUCAUUCCCAUGACCCCCCACCACCACCAAACCGAAACCGAACAAUACCUCACCGCCAAACUCGCCCUCCUCCUCCAAAUCGCCCAAACCCGCCAUGGCGCCAAAUACAUCCUCCAAGCCAACCUCUUCCGCGCCCUCGAACUCGCCGGCGUGUUUGCCGCCGACCCGGAGUUGCAAGUCGACGCGGGCAACAUCCGAGCCCUCGAAAAACACUACACGUUGCUCGUCGCGCUGGCGAGGAUUGUCGGCGCGGCUGUGCUUGCCCGCGGCGCGCAUAAUAUCGUGCAGGGCCGUCGGUUUUUGACGCAGCAUCGCAUGUUGGUUGUGCAUGUGUUGAAGCGGAGUGCGGGGAUUGGGAUGGUUGGGGGGCAGGGUCAGGGCCAGGGACAUGGGCACGGGCAAGGGAAUGGGUACGGGGACAGCUUGUUGACGAGUCGGUCGGGGAGGAAUACUGCUGCGGAUGUGGAAGCGCAGGCUGCGCUGGAGGAGAGGGUGGAGGAGUUGGCGGAGGCGUUUAUGUUGUUGAUUGCUGCGACGGGGUUUUUGGAGUUCGAGUCAGGCCAGGUUCCCGCAGAGAAGCCGAGGGUGAACACUACGCUUUUCCACUGA